UAAUUCAUCAACUCAACAUGUCUUCUGGUGGAAAAUCCGGUGGAAAAUCUGCAGCUUCUGCUCCCACCAAAGCUAGCUCAUCUCGUUCAGCUAAAGCAGGUCUUCAAUUCCCAGUAGGUCGUAUUCACCGUUUACUCCGUAAAGGAAACUACGCUCAAAGAGUUGGUGCUGGUGCUCCCGUUUAUCUUGCCGCCGUUCUUGAAUAUCUUGCUGCUGAAAUUCUUGAACUUGCUGGUAACGCUGCUCGUGAUAACAAAAAGUCAAGAAUUAUUCCUCGUCACCUCCAACUUGCUAUUCGUAAUGACGAAGAGUUGAACAAGUUACUUGGUCAUGUUACAAUCGCUCAAGGUGGUGUUUUACCAAAUAUUCACCAAAAUCUUUUGCCGAAGAAAUCGAAGAAAGGUGCCGCCGCAGCUGAAGCUUAA